AUGAAUCAAGUUUUGGAUACGUUGUCAUCUGCUGGUCACACAUCGGAGGUCUGGAUCGGUUUGUACAGUGAGAUCGACUGGAGGUGGUCUGAUGGUUUCACUGGGAACGGGGCUGAAUACAGAGACUGGGAAACCUCUGACCAUGAACCAGAUUUUUAUUAUGCCUAUCAGUUCUGUGUGACAAUUGGUCAAAUUGGAAAAUGUUGGGAUGAUUCCUGCAGCAUCUCAUACCCAUUUAUCUGCUACAACGGCACACAGGAGAAUCCUGAAUAUGUUCUGGUCAAUGAACCCAGAUCCUGGUCCGAUGCUCAGACGUACUGCAGGCAGAACUUCAGAGACCUGGCUACCAUCAGGAACGACACGGAAAACCAGAGAGCUCGGAGUUUGGUGCCUAGUGGGGCCACAGCAUGGACUGGUCUGUUUAGAGAUCCAAACUUUCACUGGUCUGAUGGGAGCAGAUUUGUCUACAGCAACUGGGCACCAGUUUUCAACAUGAUAGGCUCCAACAGAGUCAUUUGUGGUGUAACAUGGAGUUCAGGGCAAUGGAGGUUUCGUUCAUGUGAAACAAAAAGUUCAUUUGUUUGCCACAGCCUCCCAGAAAUGAAACGGCUUGUGAAGCUGAGAGUGAAGACUGAGGACUCUGUCAAUCUGAACGAUCCGCUUGUGAGGGCAAACAUCCUGAAAAAGCUGCAGGACAGACUGAAUGAGAAUGGAACGAGUGGAACCACCGUGAAAUGGAGAGAGCAGCCUGAUGGAGACGUCUUUAAGAAGAAGACCGAACUCUGAGUUACUAAUCUCAAUUUGGAAUGGCUGAUAUAAAUCUGGUUGUACCUCUGGUCACUGGCAGUUCAAAUGUAAUCAUAUAAUCUGAAACAAUAUCAAUCUGUAAUUUUUUUUCUGUAAUAAUUUUGUAAUAGUGAAAGAUUAACUUUAGAAUUCUGUUCAGCUUUUA